AGGGACAGGAACGUCCCCCUCGGGGCUGGAGCCUGCUCCCUCUGCACCGGCGCCUCGCCGGGCUCUCCAGUGAGGAUGGUGGGCCCCACAGCCUCCGACGGGCACCCGACCGUGGGAGUGAAGAUCUUCUCGGCGGGGGUGGCGGCCUGCGUGGCGGAUGUGAUCACCUUCCCGCUGGACACAGCCAAAGUCCGGCUACAGGUCCAAGGCGAAGGCCAGACCUCCAGUGCCAUUAGGUAUAAGGGCGUCUUGGGAACGAUCACCACUCUGGCAAAAACGGAAGGGCCAAUGAAACUCUACAGUGGGCUGCCUGCCGGCCUUCAGAGACAGAUCAGCUUCGCCUCUCUGAGGAUUGGCCUCUAUGAUACCGUCCGGGAGUUCUUCUCCACAGGCAAGGAAACAACAAGCCUAGGAAGCAAGAUCUCCGCUGGCUUGACCACUGGAGGAGUGGCAGUGUUCAUUGGGCAGCCCACAGAGGUCGUGAAAGUCAGACUUCAAGCGCAGAGCCAUCUACAUGGCCUCAAACCUCGCUACACUGGGACUUACAAUGCUUACAGAAUUAUAGCAACAACAGAAGGCUUGACAGGUCUUUGGAAAGGGACUACUCCCAAUCUGAUGAGAAAUGUCAUCAUUAAUUGUACAGAGCUAGUAACAUAUGACCUAAUGAAGGAGGCCCUUGUGAAAAGCAAACUACUAGCAGAUGACGUCCCUUGCCACCUGGUGUCAGCUCUUAUCGCUGGAUUUUGCACAACACUUCUCUCCUCCCCAGUGGAUGUGGUGAAAACCAGAUUUGUUAAUUCUCCACCAGGACAGUACACAAGUGUGCCCAAUUGUGCAGUGACGAUGUUCACUAAGGAAGGACCAACAGCUUUUUUCAAAGGAUUUGUACCUUCCUUCUUGCGACUCGCAUCCUGGAACGUCAUUAUGUUUGUGUGCUUUGAACAACUGAAACGGGAAUUGAUGAAGUCAAGGCAGACCGUGGACUGUGCCACGUAA